CGCCCCGCUGGCUAGUUGAAGGUGAGAGUCUCCUCCAGCCGGCGCGGCUGAACCAGACCGAGCGGCUCCAGCCUCACGGACUCCAGCUCUCUCGCCAUGGCGCCUCCGUCAGUGUUUGCCGAAGUUCCGCAGGCCCCGCCGGUCCUGGUCUUUAAGCUCACUGCCGACUUCCGGGAGGAUCCGGACCCCCGCAAGGUCAACCUGGGAGUGGGAGCUUAUCGCACGGAUGACUCCCAGCCCUGGGUUUUGCCUGUAGUGAGAAAGGUGGAGCAGAAGAUUGCUAACGACAGUAACCUAAACCACGAGUAUCUGCCAAUCCUGGGCCUACCGGAGUUCCGGACCCAUGCUUCCUGCCUUGCCCUCGGGGAUGACAGCCCAGCAAUCCAGGAGAAGCGGGUAGGAGGUGUGCAGUCUUUGGGGGGAACAGGUGCACUUCGAAUCGGAGCUGAGUUCUUAGCGCGAUGGUACAAUGGAACAAACAACAAGGACACGCCUAUCUAUGUAUCCUCACCAACUUGGGAGAAUCAUAAUGCUGUGUUUACUGCCGCUGGAUUUAAAGACAUUCGGUCCUAUCACUAUUGGGAUGCAACGAAGAGAGGACUUGACCUCAAGGGUUUCCUGAAUGAUCUGGAGAAUGCUCCUGAGUUCUCCAUCUUUGUCCUCCAUGCCUGUGCACACAACCCAACUGGAACAGACCCAACUCCAGAGCAGUGGAAGGAGAUCGCCUCCGUCAUGAAGCGCCGGUUUCUGUUUCCCUUCUUUGACUCAGCCUAUCAGGGCUUUGCAUCUGGAAGCCUAGAGAAAGAUGCCUGGGCCAUUCGCUAUUUUGUGUCUGAAGGAUUCGAGCUCUUCUGUGCCCAGUCCUUCUCCAAAAACUUUGGGCUCUACAAUGAGCGUGUGGGGAACCUGACCGUGGUUGCAAAAGAACCUGAUAGCAUGCAGCGGGUCCUUUCCCAGAUGGAGAAGAUUGUGCGAAUCACUUGGUCCAAUCCCCCUGCUCAGGGAGCACGGAUCGUGGCCACUACCCUCUCUAACCCCGAGCUCUUUAAGGAAUGGAAAGGUAAUGUGAAGACAAUGGCUGACCGGAUUCUGACCAUGAGAUCUGAACUCAGGGCACGAUUAGAGGCCCUCAAGACCCCUGGAACCUGGAACCACAUCACUGAGCAAAUUGGAAUGUUCAGCUUCACAGGGUUGAACACCAAGCAAGUUGAAUAUCUGGUCAGUGAAAAGCACAUCUAUCUGCUGCCAAGUGGUCGGAUCAACAUGUGUGGCUUAACCACCAAAAACCUAGAUUAUGUGGCCACCUCCAUCCAUGAAGCAGUCACCAAAAUCAAGUAAAGAGGUACCACUGAAACCAGCACCACCAAAGCGGCCCUUUGUCGAGUGUGUCCCCUGCCUGCACAAGUCUAGUUGUAUACAUCAUGGAUCAGACUAUUGCAAGACCAAAAGGCUGCUCUGGUGAGGUUGGCCCCGCUUGAAGAGAACAUCCCUUGAAAAGAGAUGCGGGCCUGGGUUAGAGCCUUUCUGAAGGCCAGAGCAAAUUAAGCUUUCUGUUUAAGAAGAAUAAAACGGUACUUUGAUCAUGAGCUGUAGAUAUCUUGCUCCCUUGCUAGAAGCAAGAGUCUUGCCUGUGUCACUUGUGUUCUUCUAUGUGUUGCUUGACUCUGUACAAAGUCUAGUCCCAAAGAUCAAGUUGUCUGAAGAGCCAUGUGUAAUUGUGGGUGUUGGCUGUCAGUAAAACUCAUCACCUCUACCCAGAGUGUCUGUGUCCCUGCUCUUUCUGCAUGGUUGUGUCCCUAGCCCUAAGCUUUAGUUCUUUAGGGCAGCCAAGGUACAAAAUAUAUUUACAUCACAUGCACACAGUUAACUAAAAGUUUCACAAACAGUAUAUACUCUUGCUACAUGCAGUGCAUUCUGAUAUUUUCUAGUCCAUUCUAUUCUGUUAUGUUCCAUUUCACUAAAGAAAUAAAAGUGCUGAUUGAGA